UGGCAUAUGCUUCCAAGAGGGUAAAUAAUUUGUUUUUUCUAAAAUUUCCAACGUAUAUGUGCAAUCUUGCAGCUUUAAUGACUAGCUAUACUUAUUCUUCAACUAACAACUGACCUUUUAAAAUAACCACUAACGAUGAAUAAAAAACUAACACUAACGAAUAAAAAGAAAACUGACCAUUAAUGAAUGAACGAAAAACUUACCAUUGACAUUUUCGUUCUCAAACAUCUGCUUUCAUUAACAAGAUUACAACCUCUUCAAGAAUUUAACCCCACAUACUAUGCCAAAAUCUACUAACACCUAUGAACACUUAUAAACACUUAUAAGGAUCCUACACUACCUAAUUGAAGUGAUAUUGUAAUUUUUACCACUGCGAGAACAAAUUCAUCCAAAGACCCAAGACAAACCGUCUCUUACGUCACCUAAUUCAACCAAAUUGCUCCAAAAGAUUCAAAACGUACCUAGACCUGAAAUGACUUUAAAAUGGCUCAAAACACAUAACAAAUACUCUUUAAGGAACUUACACCAUGUUCAAAAAGUGGUAAAAACCAUGGUAUAUCGGUGAUCCGAAGUUAUGCACUUUCAUGCAUCCUCAAAGCGAAUACGUUGUUUCAGAAGUAGCUUCUUAGUCGGAGACUUUGUCAUGUAUAUGCUCUCUUAUUUCGACCAAAAAAAAGCUGCAGUAUCAAUACCUAAAACCUCGAUGAUGAUUUCAUCUGGCAAACUCAACAAGAUCAUUGAAUACACUUUUUGUUUUAUAACCUCAAUCUCUGUUGUAACAAAUUCAGCUUUCUUCCCUAUCAACGGUGCCCGUAGACCUUGUUGAUUCAACAACAUUUUCAUCUUGAUUUACCAAAGAUUGAAACUGUUCCUACAAAUAAAUUUUUCGAUUUUCAUGUUUAUCCUAUACAUCUUCUCACAAGAUUACAAAACCCGAAGCUAUGAUACGAGUUUGUUGUGACGGAUAUGAGAAGAACAUAUUAAAAAAUUAGACAAACAAUAAUGAAAGACCUAUAGAUUUAACGUGUUCACAUCUAGGGCUAAGCCUACGGACAAAAAAUACUUUAUUGAUGGAGGUUGAGUAUUUUUAGUAAUAUUUUGUGCUACAGCCUAGGGUAUAAACCCUACAGAGUAAUAUAUGAAACAUUUAGUGACAAGUUUCCUAUUAAUUUUCUCAGAUUAGCAAAGAUUGGUCGAUCCAUGACAUAUGGAUCGGUUGUCGACCCUUGACUCGAAAAUCGACCGGUCCUUGCCACUCGCAGAGUUAAGGCAUAUUUUAACAACAUUUUGUGAUCAUCAAUUCAUGCAUCAUUAUCUUCUAAACCAUCGGGAUAUUCAUAAUUAAAUUAAAAACUAAAAAGAAAAAUUAACUACUCAUAACUAGUACUCCACUUUCGUAAAUAUGAGGUCUUUUUAAAGAUAAAGAUAAUUUAAAAAAUACCUUUGAAUUUUUUUUUCAAAGAAUUACUUUUGCAGUUGACUAAUGUUUUGAGUCAGUUUUGCAACUUUCCUGCAACUUUCCUAAAUUUAAAGCGUUUACAAAAUACUCCAAAACAUCUAACAGACUCGACUUGACUUAAUAUUCUUGACUCAAUUACGUUCAAUUAAAAUUCUAGACACGCAAGUUUUUGACGAAAUCAACGUUCCCCAGCGUUAGAAGUUUAUCUGAUUUAAAUAUAGCUUCCCUGAUACUGCAAAACAAAUUUAUGAGCAAAACUAAUCUCCUAAAAUGUAUACGAAAAAAUUCUUGCUAAUUGUCUGUCUUGUCCUCUCCUUUAGCUUCGGCUUUGUCUCUGCACAAAUAUGUGGAGAGUCACUGUUUUUCAGACCAACCAGUACUUACGCCAUAAACCGUCUCCUCGUUCUCUCAACUCUUGCGUCCAACGUCAGUUCCCGAGAAGGAUACUACAACGCCUCCGUUGGUGAAGGCCCCGGGAGGAUCUAUGCAUUAGGCCUCUGUCUCCCAGGGACUGAUCCAACGGUCUGUUCCGAUUGUAUUCAACUAGCGUCGGUUAGUUUAUUACAGAACUGUCCGAACCAGACCAACUCAUGGUUCUGGAGAUCCGAAGACGAUACGAAUACGAUUUGUUUUGUUCGGUACUCAAACCGCUCGUUUUUUAACCAGAUCGAUCUACGGCCAAGAGAAGAGUUUAUUUAUGAUUUAGAUUUCAUUGGAGAUGUUGCAAAGUAUAAGAGAACAUGGGGAGGUUUCAUGGAACGUAUGAUAUCAGCAGCUUCGUCCUCAAGUCCCGGGUCGCUUGCAGGCCGACAUUAUGCAGCGAAUACAACUUCUUUGUCCGGUUCCCGGACCAUAUACGCACUGAUGCAGUGUAUCCCGGGGAUUUCUUCAGCGGACUGUAAUGCUUGUCUUCAAGAAAAUGUUCGUUACUACCAAAGCUGUUGCGGUGGGAAGCAAGGAGGUAGCGUUAGGAGACCAGUUUGCUUUUUCCGGUUCGAUCUCUAUUGGUUUCGCAAUGCUUUCCAUAACAUAGCAUCGUCCCCUCCUCCUCAAAGCUCUCAAGAUGGUCAAGAAUUACAACCCACAACACCACCUCCUCCUCCUCCAGAUGGCAAAACGAUAUCUACAGGAGUCAGAAUGGCGCUUAUUGUAUCCACAGGAAUAUUUAUCGCGCUGUUAGCUUUAGGAUUGUUUGUUUUCAAGAGAAGACAAUCAUACAAUACGCUAAAUCUUGAAAAUGAUGAUGAUAUUAUAAGCUUAGAGUCAUUACAAAUUGAUGUCAAGACAAUUGAAGCCGCAACUGAUCAAUUUUCGGAGACCAAAAAAAUCGGCCAAGGUGGAUUUGGUGUUGUUUACAAGGGAACAUUACCAGAUGGAACUAAAGUUGCGGUGAAGAGACUAUCAAAGAAUUCAGGACAAGGCACAGAAGAGUUCAAGAAUGAAGUUGUAGUUGUGGCGAAGCUUCAACAUAGGAAUCUUGUUAGGCUUCUUGGAUUUUGCGUGGAAGGAGAUGAACAAAUACUUGUCUAUGAGUUUGUUCCCAACAAGAGUCUUGAUUACUUACUAUCCGACCCAAUAAAGCGACAGCAAUUAGAUUGGGCAAAACGGUACAAUAUCAUUGGAGGUAUUGCUCGAGGGAUUCUAUACCUUCAUCAAGAUUCACGGCUCACAAUCAUACACCGUGAUAUCAAAGCGAGCAACAUUCUUCUAGAUGAUGACAUGAAUCCAAAAGUAGCGGAUUUUGGCAUGGCAAGGAUUUUUGGGAUGGACCAAACUCAAGCUAAUACUAGAAAGAUAGCUGGCACAUUCGGUUACAUGUCUCCUGAGUACGCCCUGCACGGUCGAAUCUCCAUGAAAUCUGAUGUCUACAGCUUUGGUGUCCUGGUUCUUGAGAUCAUAAGUGGAAAAAUGAAUAGUAGGUUCAACGAAAAAGAUGAUUCAGCUGUCAAUUUAGUCACACAUGCUUGGAGACUAUGGAGAAAAGGUUCGGCGUUAAAACUUUUAGACCCAGCUUUUGGGCAGCGAUAUCAGAGCGAAGAAGUUAGAAGAUGCAUUCAUAUUGCGCUUUUAUGUGUUCAAAAAGAUCCCGGAGAUCGUCCUAUGAUGUCUAAAAUCAUUUUGCUACUCAGUAGUAGCAAAAUCACAUUACAGCGGCCUCGUGCACCUGGAUUUUACUUCCAAAGUAGUCUGGACCAAGAUUUGGAAGCUGAGGGCUUGGAUUCAUUUGGAAAACAAAUUCAUUGUUCUGUUAAUGACGCAUCCAUCACAGAGCUAGAUCCUCGUUGAAGAUGAUAUUAUUAUAUAGUUUCUUAUUAACUAAUGGAUAUGAUAUUGCUUUCCUCAUUUUAUUUAUAUUUCUUUAGUUGUCUUUUUUGGUUAAAUAGUCUCUUGUGUCAUUGUGUGUUCUAAACUUCUAAUGUUUAUCUAUUAAUGUAACCAGAGCGAUUUGGUUUGUAUGUAAUCAAGGCCGAGUAUUUAAUAAACCGGUGCUAUAAAAACAGCCAAA